AUGUCGGACAACCUCUCGUCGUUCAUGAACCUGCCGCGGCUCGAGCAGCUCUUCGGCCAGCUCAUGGCGCAGCUCGCGCAGCAGGAGGGCGAGAUCGCGGCGCUCAAGGAUCGUUGCGCGGCCGCGGAGACGACGGCGGCGCGCGUGGGCGACCUCGAGGCCCAGCUCCUGCGGCUCGAGACCGUGGCGGCCCUGCCCGGCGGCGGGAGCCUGGGCCGCCGCGUCGUCGAGAACGGCGCCGCCGUCGCGCGGCUCGCGGACGUCGUCGACCGCCUCGGCCGCGACGUCGCGGGCUUCGGCGCGAGCCACGAGGGCCACGUCGCGUCGGCCGCGGAGCGGCACGCGGCCUUGGAGGGCGCCGUCGCGCGCAAGGACCACGCCAUCGCGCUCGAGGCGCGGCUCGAGGCCGUGAACGCGCGCGUCGACCUGUGCGCGUCCGGCCUCGCGACCAAGGUCGACGCGGCGGACGCCGCGGGCCUGAGCGCGACCUGCGAGCGGCUGCGCGGCAUCGACGGCUUCGUCGGCGAGGCGCGGGGCCGCCUGGGCGUGCUCGAGGGCCGCGCGCGCGACGCGGACGUCGACCGGUCGCGCCUCGAGGACCGCGCGGCCGCGGCGGCCGCGGCGCAGGCGUCGGCCCUCGCGGACGCGGAGGCCCGGGCCGCGGCGCUCGACGACCUGGGCGAGCGCCACGAGGCGCGCGCGCGCGCGGUCGACGCCGCGCUCGAGCGCCGCGCGACGACGGCCGCGCUCGCCGCGACGCGCGCGGCCGCGGCCAAGGCCCAGGACGACGUCGACGCGCUCGCGGCGUCGGCGGCGGAGCGCUUCGCCGCCGCGGCCGACGCGGCGGACGCGGACGCGGCGCGCCACGAGGACCGCGCGGACGCGGACCGCCGGCGGCUCACGGCCGCCGUCGCGGCGGCGAACGACCUCGCGCGGAAGCUCGUCGACGCGGCGGUCCGCGAGCUCCUGUCGCCGCCGGGCGGCGCCGUCGCCGAGUGCCGCCGGCGCCUCGCGAGCCUCGAGUCGAAGCACGCGGUCGCGACGCACAAGGUCGACCUCGCGCUCAAGUUCGUCGACUGGUUCCACGACCGCGGCGACGCCUACGAGCACAACAUGUCCGCCAUCGACCGCCGCCUCGACGGCAUGGUCGUCAAGCAGCAGCUCCAGCGGGACCGGGACGCCCCUUCCACCAAAAUUGCGAUGGCGGCUUUCACCGAGUGGCCCAAGGAGCUCGAGGACAACAAGGUGUCCACGACGAAGCACGGGAAGCGCAUCUUCGGCGCGGCCUUCAAGGCCCUGGGCAAGACCGACGCGAUCAAGCGCAUGGACGCCGAGAAGGACUGGCGCCACCAGUACGGCAAGUACAUGGAGGAGCUCGCCGAGGCCAUGGCCGCGUCGCCCGACGCGGCCCGCGCGGCGGCCAUGGCGGGCCUCACGGCCGUGCACAGCGCCUUUGGGUCCACGGCGAAGAUGCAGAAGCCCGGCCGCGCGUUCGAGACGCUCGUCGUCGACGGCGACGGCGGCGGCGCGGACGGCGUGCUCGUGGACCUGGAGCAGGUCAAGGCCUGGAGCGACCACGGCGCCUGCGAGCCGAGCGUGCUCACGCGCUGCGAGGCCAUGUCGUCGAGCGCGGUCGGGCUCCGCGUGCCCGACCGCGUCCUCGGGUCGUCGGGCAACGCGUUCGUCGUGCUCGGCGCGACGGCGGAGAUGGGGCCGACGAAGACGCUCCUGACGCUGGGCUGCACGGUCGUCGCCGUCGCGCGGCGCGGCGUCGACGUCGGGUCGACGAAGUGGAAGGACCUCAUCGCGUUCGCGAAGGCGUCGCCGGGGACGCUCGUCGCGCCGUGCGAGAAGGUCGCCGCGGACCUCGACAACCAGCCCGUCCACUGCGGCGCCGACGUCCUCGCCGACGCGCCGGCCAUCGCGCGCUGGCUCCUCGCCGACGACGUCAUCCGCUCCUUCAAGACGCUCGUCGUCGGGUCCUACGUCUACCUCGACGGCGAGAAGCACGUCCGCGCGUCCGUGGCCUGCGACGCCAUCGUGACGGAGCUCUUCAAGUCGCGCGGCGCGGGCGGCCUCUGCCUCGCGUACCUCGCGAGCCCGGGCACGGUCUACCCCAUCUCCCAGGAGAUGCAGAUCGACUCGCUCCACCGCUACACGACGGCGCCGGCCUGGCAGGGCCGCUGGUCCGCGCUCGGCUCCCUCGGCGGCGCGGGCUUCGCCAAGAACGCGCGCGCGCCCGUCGUCGGCGACGACGGCGCGAAGAUCUACCUCACGUCGGGCCUCGUCACCGUCCAGGGCCCGAACUACGCGCUCGCGAAGACGCUCCAGAACUGGCGCUGCGUCGUGAGCCACUACGCGGGCUGCACCGUGUCCGCGAACAUGGCGCCGCCCGCGCGGACCAAGUCCAUGACGGGCACGAACCCGAACAUCGCGCGCUGGCUCGACGGCGUCGCCAACUUCGAGCCCAACGGCGCCUUCGACCCCGCCGUCGCGUCCGUCGUCAUGACGGCGCUCCUCCUCUACGACCUGAGCACCGUGGACUGCGUCGCGUCGCCCAAGGGCCACGACGCGCUCCCGAACCCCAUGAUGGUCCUCCAGCCCGCGUUCCACGGCGGCAGCCCCCGCUGCGCCUUCACCUCCGACUCCAUCGGCACGGCCGCGGCCAUCGCCUCCUUCCCCAUCUUCAACGGCGGCGAGUUCUGGUGA